CACGCCAGCUAAGGGAAUCCUGAGCCAUCAUCAUACUGGGGGACAACUUUCAAGGCUAAACAUCUACAACUACCAUCCAAGCAGAAAAAAAAGUUUUUAAGAAGUUCCAUGAGCAUCCCUUGCAAGAAGAAAUCCGUUAAGCCCACCUUUUUUGGGGAGCUCCGAUCGCGAGGUGAACGGGAGAUGCCUCGCUCAUUCUUGGUGAAGAACAAGAAGGUUCACUCCUACCAUCCGCGCGCAGUCGAUGACAGCAUCCUGGUGCCGAGAUGGGAUACAGGUGCCUCAGCAUCCUUCUCCGGCGUUAUUUCUGAUGACAGCACCCUGGAAGACAGCAAGGCCUUCCAGGCAGAUUGUCCACCGUGCUGUUCUCCAAAAGAAGAACAGGUUCUCCAGAAGGACAACGAAGAAUGUUUUCCUGCUCGGAGUAUAACACGGACAGCUCCGGAGCCCCCAAAUCCAGAGGUGCUCAUCCCGGCUUUAAAACCUCAAGAGGAGAGCUCGUCCGCGUUCUACAACCCCAGUUUUGCCUGGAGCGCUUUCCGCCCUCCGUUUGGCUACAGAUCGAUGACUUCAACCAUGCUGGAGCACUCCAUUCAUCUGUACGGCACCCCGAUCCUGCCUGCUUCUGACCUGCCUCUCGAUUACAGCAUGCCGUUCUCGCCUGAAUUGGAGACCUACCACUGUGUCAUAUGCAACAAAAUAUUCUCCACCCCACACGGGCUGGAGGUCCACGUUCGAAGAUCCCACAGCGGCACCCGGCCUUUUGCUUGCAGCGUUUGUGGGAAAACUUUUGGGCACGCCGUCAGUUUGGAACAACACACCAACAUCCACUCUCAGGAGAAAAGCUUCGAGUGCAAAAUGUGCGGAAAGACAUUCAAGCGGUCGUCCACCUUGUCUACUCACCUGCUGAUCCACUCCGACACCCGUCCGUAUCCCUGCCAAUACUGCGGGAAACGUUUCCAUCAGAAGUCGGACAUGAAGAAACACACCUACAUUCACACAGGGGAAAAGCCGCACAAAUGUCAGGUGUGUGGCAAAGCCUUCAGCCAAAGCUCGAACCUCAUCACCCACAGCCGCAAGCACACCGGCUUCAAACCGUUCACCUGUGAGCUUUGCGGGAGAGGAUUCCAACGCAAGGUGGAUCUGCGGCGUCACCGAGAGACCCAGCACAGCCUCAAGUGAAAGAGGAUUCCCAUCGCGGAAUGUGCGGUUUGGAGGAUGGUCGGGAACCUGCAGCCCAAGAGCUGUAGGCAGUCCUUGGCCCAGAUUGUAAAUCCCACCCACUUCGGCUCCAGCGCCACCCGUUUUGCUUCUGAUCCCGCCUACUUUGGGCUUUGGCGCCCCCCACUGGAGGUAGAUCGAAUCUACAACCGUGAAAGCCUUUUAGCCCAUAAAAAGCCCCGUUUGGGUUAAGAAUGGUAGAAUAAUAAUAAUAAUAAUAACGCCUUUAAGAAAGAUUACUGUUUUCCUUCUCUUUCACCAAGCUGAUAUAUGGAGUAAAAAGGAGCAAGGAUUUGAGAGGGAAAGGGAGAAAAUCUGGAUUUUCUGUGUUUCUUUGGGCUUUGCAAUGCAACCAUGUUCGGAUUAGAAGACUAAAUUAAGGGAAAGGGUUUAGGAGAAGUCACCAGGUUGAAUAGGCAAGGCAAAUCUGCAAAACUACCCAUAAAAAACAAAUCAGACAACAGGUUUCCGUGUUGGAAGACAAAGGAUCUCUUGUUCGUGGAUAUUUCCAUCGCUAUCCAUGAUUUACAUGAUCCAUUGUGCAAAGGGACCAAGAUUUUGCCUCUAUUUGUUUGAAUCUCUGUUUCCUUGGGGGGAAAAAAAUUAAAAAUUGAAGUCAAUAAACGCUGUUG